AUGUCGACUACUAAUUACAAUCGUUUUGUUGAUAAAACGGUGAUUGUUACCGGUUCAAGCAGUGGAAUUGGAAGGGAAAUUGCGUUGGAGUUUGCCCGAGAAGGAGCCAAUGUUGUUAUUCAUGGUCAACGAGAGGAGAAACUGAAGGUAACAGAGUUUUCGGUACGUUUUUAGUAUUGCAGGAGACCACAAAGCUUUUGGAAGAGUUAGGAAUUGAUUCGACACGCUUCACCGUUGUCAAAGGGCCUAUUCAAGAGGCGGAAACUCAAGACAAUCUGAUCAAUGAUACCUUGAACAAGUUCGGUCGGAUUGAUGUAAUAGUCAAUAAUGCCGGAGUUUCACACGACUCGACGAAAGAUCCCGACCCGAAUUCCGCUGAAAGUUUGGAUUUUGUCUACAAGGUGAAUAUGAAAAGGUACGAAUCAGACGCUGCUCUUUUUACAGGGGAAGUGAGAUUAAUAGUGAAAAAACUUUCAGUAUUUUCACGUUGACCGCAAAAGCCAUCCCCUAUCUCUCAAAAACGAAGGGAAAUGUAAUCAAUAUCUCAUCGGUUGGAUCACAGCGUGUUUGCCCGCUGUUGUUACCGUAUACCGUAAUGAAAGCCGCGUUAGAUCAUUAUACCCGUGGAGCAGCGAUUAUUCAUGCCAAGGACAAUGUUAGAGUCAACUCAGUGAAGUAAGUUAAACUUGUCGCAGUGCAAUGUCGUUUCGCGGCUUCGUCCAUUAAUGCGUGUGCAUUUCUCGAUUUCAGUCCCGGCUUCAUUGACAGUGAAUUUACCGUCAGACAUGGCGUCCCGCAAUCAGCGUUCGACAACUCAUAUCACAGAUUCGGCAAAGUCUUCGUUCCGAUGCAAAGGAUAGGGUAUCCAAAAGAAGUGGCCAGGACAGUGUUAUUCGUAGCCAGCGAAGAUGCAAGUUACACCACUGGUGCCAUUUUUAACGUCGACGGUGGCUCUUUGGCUGGACCGAUAACACAAUUGUGGACUGGCGAGGCUUAG